AUGCAGCGCCGCGAGCUGUGCAUGUGGGCUGCUGCAGUGCUGUGUGCCACGCUGUGCGCAGCAGCUACAACUGCCGCUGGUGGUGCAGCAGCAGCAGGUGCAGGUGGAGUGGAAGGCCAACAGCAAGCGCAGUCGGUGGGACAUGCGCCCGGUGCGACAGGAAGCAGAGAUGCGGCUGUAGGCGCUUCACCGGGCUUGAACCUUCCAGACGCCAAGGUGUGCGGUGAAGGACAAACACCAGAAAAGGAUUCGUGUACUUCCCCUCCGUCUUCCGAUUCUAAAGUGAGCAGCGGGCAGGAUGCCGGCGCCCAGCUGAGUGGAUCACACGCAAGGAGCGACAGUGACCUCCAGCGCCCAACAGGUAUGGAGCAGCCGCAUGCGCAGAGUGAUCAGGAGUGUGAUCAAACAGAGGGUGAGUUGGAGGAGUCACGCCCAGUGGGGCAGAAGAAGGUGUGUAAGAAGGCAAGCAAGGGCCACAUCGUGAAGACCUUGGAAGAGAAGAAAAACCUUUCUGACGAUCUGGAGGCCAAGAAUUCUCCGUUUGAGCAAGUGAAAAGUGUUGUUAAUGGUAAGGGGCGUGAGGCUCCGAGAGGAGAUCUUGCUCCCGAUCACUCUGCGGAACCAGGCGUCAGGGACAUUGGCUUACAACGGCCGAUACUUCCACUGGCGUCUGGAAGUCAGCCAUCCCACAACUCGGCAGCGAAUUCAGCGCUUCACUCAGAUCUGCCGUCAGGGGGCAACUCGGCCGUCACAAGCCGUGAUGGAUACGCCCCAGCCCCGCUGCCCGCCGCCGCCGCCGCGGGAGCUGCGCAGGGCCCUCAAGGUGUCGGUGCUGAUCACCAAGCAGAAUCCACAGCGUCCGAGGGAAUGGCAAGUGGAGAUGGUGUUACUUCCACCAAAGAGGACACCAAAAAAGAGGAGCCUGAUUCCAUUGGGAGCGCUCCCCUCACUUCUGCGACGACAGAGACUCCCGCUGCCGCUGCCGACAAACGGACAGAAACAGAUGGAGCGACGCCUAAUGCGGCCAUAAAUGCCGCAAAGACAGACGCGACCACCGCCACGAUGGCUGCUGCUGCUCUGCUGGUGGCAGCGCUGGCCAGCAUUUCUGUGCUCUGA